UAAGCGCCUACUUUCCUAAUGGCUAGCUGCGACUCUCCACAGCUCUGCCAGUUUAACGCACUUUGCAUGACAAUUUAGAGAUCGAUCGAGCAGGAAGAUUGAAAACUGAUAAAACACUGAGCUUCACGUGUUUUUGUCAUUGUAUCGAGGCAUGUAGCUAUACGAGUGAGGAAUAACAAACACUGAGUCAGUGUUGCGUGUUGUUGUCUGCCACUUUCAACCAAAACAAUGUUGACAGACGACCUGUGGACACAUACCAACUAUCAGUCAUUUCAAGGAUGGAUAAAGGUGGAGUGAAGAAGAUAACAUAUAAAAGAGAUGAUAAUUUAAGCAAAUUAGUCUACACUGAAAGCGCUGAGGAGGGAGGUCUGUUGAAAGUGGCUCCUCACAGUGCCAUGUCCAUCACCUCUGCCAACUCUGUCGUUCUUUCAUCCAACCAGUUGAUGCAACCAGGUCAGGUGCCUAACGGCCUCAGCAACUUUCCCCUUCCAGAGGAGCUCACCUCCGCCUCUAUCACUGCCACCGUAGGCCCCUUGACAGAAGACCCAGAGCCCCGGGUCCUGACUAAAGAGCAGAAGCUUCAGCAGCAGCAGACACAGACUUCAACUACAUUUGGGCGUCAAACCUUAAAGGAACAUCUGCCCCAGUUGGAGGCCAGUAUAGCAGACAUUACCCAGUCCUCCUGCAUGGAUUCACUUAUUGGGGGAUCAGAUCCCAAUUUCUUCCACAUGAAAACAGAGGAUUUCUCCAUGGAUAAAGGAGACCAGGAUCCCAUUGACCUUGAUCAUGCCUUUGAUCACAUUGGAAAAGAUGUGGAUGUGAACCAGAAGUUUUUCAGUGACAACACUCUGGACCUGCUGCAAGACUUUGAGCUCACUGGGUCCCCCUCAGAUUUUUAUGUAGGGGAUGAUGCCUUCCUGUCCACUCUGGCAGACGAGUCUUUGCUUGGGGACGUUAGCUCAGAGAGGGACAUAAAGCCUGCCGUGGUUGAGAGCAUUAACAGCAGUGGGGUAGUCCCUGUUGCCAUCAAUGGCAGCAAUAGUACAACUCCAGGUCAGUCCAGCCCAAGCAUAUCCACAACGGUCUCCUUAACCCCUACAACCAGUUUGUCUGAGUUGGUGAAGAAAGAAAAAGAUGUUGGCUUCAUUCAGCUCUGCACCGAAGGUGGGAUCAAACGGGAAAAGACGUCUGCAGGCCAGAGUUAUUGCCAAAUCAGCGGCGCAUCCUCCACAGUGUCCAUGCCCAGCUCUAACACCAUCUCCAUCUGUGGGGUCAGCACUUCAGGAGGACCAAGCUACCACUUUGGAAUCACCUCCACCAGCAAUGAAGCUCAGCAGCAGAAGGAUCAGAAGCCAGUGUCCAGCCUGUUUCUCCCAGUUACCACCAUUGGCGGGGCCUGGAACAGAAUCCAGAGUAUAGGGGACAACUCUGUAAUGCUCAGGACCAAUGAGGCUUUCUCAGGCUCUCCCUCUUAUCCCACCAGCUUUCCCAGUUCUAUAUCCAGACAGGAAGUGAUCUCUGCACCAUCCUCGACACAGGGAAAGAGUGGGAUACAUAAAAUCUGCCUGGUGUGCUCUGACGAAGCUUCAGGCUGCCACUACGGUGUUCUCACCUGUGGCAGCUGCAAGGUCUUCUUCAAGAGAGCAGUGGAAGGGCAGCAUAAUUACCUGUGUGCUGGGAGGAACGACUGCAUAAUAGACAAGAUCAGGAGGAAGAACUGCCCCGCCUGCCGCUUCCGCAAAUGUCUGAUGGCAGGCAUGAACCUGGAAGCGCGUAAAACCAAGAAGUUGAACCGCUUAAAGGGCGCCCAGCCGAGCAACCCGCCCGAGCUGAUUACUGCUCCGCCAAUUGAGGCCCGUUCCCUUUUACCUGUUAAGUCCAUGCCUCAACUUGUUCCCACGAUGCUGUCCCUGCUGAAGGCCAUCGAGCCGGACACCAUCUACGCAGGCUACGACGGCACCCUGCCCGACACCUCCACCCGCCUCAUGACCACCCUCAACAGGCUGGGCGGGCGGCAGGUCAUCUCUGCUGUCAAGUGGGCCAAGGCUCUGCCAGGUUUCAGGAACCUGCACCUGGACGACCAGAUGACUCUGCUGCAGUGCUCCUGGCUCUUCCUCAUGUCGUUCGGUCUGGGCUGGAGAUCUUACCAGCAGUGCAACGGCAACAUGCUCUGCUUCGCACCAGACCUCGUCAUCAACGACGAGCGGAUGAAGCUGCCCUACAUGGCCGACCAGUGCGAGCAGAUGCUGAAGAUUUCCAGCGAGUUCGUCCGGCUGCAGGUGUCCCACGACGAGUAUUUGUGCAUGAAGGUCCUGCUGCUGCUCAGCACAGUGCCAAAGGACGGCCUGCAGAGCCAGGCGGUUUUCGACGAUAUUCGCAUGUCGUACAUAAAGGAGCUGGGGAAAGCCAUCGUGAAGCGCGAGGAGAACUCCAGCCAGAACUGGCAGCGUUUCUAUCAGCUCACCAAGCUGCUCGACUCCAUGCAUGAGAUGGUGGGUGGACUGCUCAGCUUCUGCUUCUACACCUUUGUGAAUAAUCCCUGAGUGUUGAGAUUUCCCGAGAUGCUCUCGGAGAUCAUCAGCACCAGUUACCAAAAUUUAAGGCCGGGAGUGUCAAACCUCUCCUCUUCCACCAGAGAUGACUGCGUCCCGUUAAAGACACAAUGCCUUAAAAUCCCACCACAUCAGCUCACCAAUACCCCUGGAGACGUUUUGUGUAGAAAGCAGACCAGAUGUUGUGUAUAACAAGUAGGAAAUCUUGGAAAGAUAACUGAUAAUCACAAAGAGAUAUAGGCUAACAUCCAUGUCGUCUCAGGUUUCUUACCGUCAAAGAUAGAUCGAUAUCUAAGAUAGAUAAAACAAAUAUCUAUGUACAGGUUCUGAUAGUAUUUUCUACAUUUUCAAAUUGUAACAGUUUAUACUAUUUUCCAGAUUAUUGUUAUCUGGGAAGGUAACAAAGCUUGAUUAAUAACAUGCUCUUAAGUAGGCUUUUAGACUGUAAGUUCCUCUGUUAGUUUUUAUAGGGGGUUGGAACAAAAUGUUUAUGAGUCAUAUGGGGGAAAACUCUGUUUUCCAGUCAUUUAAAAAGCAUAAUUCAUUGCUUUGAUUGAUGCUUUGGAUAAGAAACAAUUCUGUUGGAUUGUUGAUAGACGCGCAUCGUUAAAAGGAUGAUUUCUCCCACAAGCCAAACCGCUUCCAGGUUUACACGUCUAUUAUAAAAGGGAAAAAAAAUAUGUGCCUUUUUUGCUUCAAAUAUCAUCUUAGCCAUUUCUUCCUUCCUGUUCAAGACGUGCUCUCUUUAACCCACCAUGGUAUACCUUCAUCGUAUGUUGAUUGUACUUUUUAUGUUCCAUGCAGCUGCAAGUUUGCCUUUUUCUUUUCAAUGGCUGUGUUUAUCUUUAGAAGUGGCAGAUCGGCCCAUCCGCCGUGUGUAGAAAUAAUCCAUCAAUUUAAGAAAUAAUAUUCAAAGCCUGCUUCCUUUCACGCAAUCUGCCGCACACUCAACUCCUUAAUUGUGAUUGGAGCACUUUGUACCCAGCUAAAGGCUUUAAAAGACUGUGAAGAAAGACUGUUCUGCUGUACCAGUCUUCACUAUAUGACUUGAGAUGGAAGUUAUACAACUUUUUCUAUAGGAAAUAGCCGGCUUUGACAUUUAUUUUAGCCCCAACAGUCUAAUCAUGGAAUGUGUUAGAUACCUGCGUCUACCAAUCAGAGAACAGAGGGCAUAUGUUAUUGUGUUUGCUAGAUUAUGUCAUUUAUAAUUAAUCAGGAAGACUAAUUUCUGUGGUUUUAACAUUGCUCAAACUGGUUGGAAAAUAACCGUCCUUCACUUUUUAAAAGGUUUCUUUUAAAGUCUGUUUUAUAAAACUGACAAACAUGCAGUAAGCAACAGACUUUGGAUAUUUAAUUAUCAAAAGCCUUUGCAUUUUACUUUACUUUUUUUUUUAACAUUCUGGGAAAUGCAUUUUUUUUCUUUCUUGCCAACAUGAGAAGGUUGAUAUGUAGCUGGAGUUAGCUUAGCUUCGCAUAAAGACUGGACAUAGCAAAACCGCUAGCCCGUCUCAGUCUAAAGGAAAUUGUCACUUAGACACUUAACUGCUGGCAAAAUGCUGAAUUGUAGUUUUUGUAUUGAUUAUACAAACCACUUAUACGUUUAUGUGUGUUCAUUGCUGAGCUGCAGAGAGGCUAGUAAGCAGAUUUUGUAACCUUAAGACUGAGCUAGUCGUUAUGCUAAGCUAAGCUAACUGGUUGAAGCUUCAUAUUUACCACACACACAAGAGUGGUGUCAGUCUUCUCGAACAAGAAAGUGAAUAAGCGCAUUUCCCAAAAUCUCGAAAUAUUCCUUUUAAACCAGUUUGUAUGCUGGACAGCUCCAGACAUUAUCCUGUAAACCUCCGACAGCUGCUGCUGAUAACCUUCGACCCCUCCAGUUUAAGCCUUCUGUUCCUUAACGCCCUGUAGGCACCUUGUAUUAAUGUCCGAGUCUUUAGUACAUUUACACAUUUACUUGUCUGUCUGUUGGGUAGUCGAGCUCCAAUGUUUGACAGCACUUAACCUCAGUCACCUCAUAGAGUCAUGUCACAGUGAAAGUGUAGCGUCACUGCCUCUGGAGGCAGGCAGCAUUGAUCCUUUUAUUCUCUGGGAACUAUUUCAGUGCCAAACUCCUGUUUCGUCUGUUUUCAGUGAUGCUGAAAGUUGGUCAGUGUUUGCAUCAGAGGAGGGGAACAAGUCCCAGUAUUGAAUCUUAUACAUUUGUCUGAAUUAUCUGAGCUUCUGUCCACUGGAUUGAGGUCAUAAUUAAUUGGUGAUAACUGAGCUUUAUUUGUAACUCAAGGCCCUCACAGAUGUGUUGUGUAAUCACACAGAAUAACGUAGGUCUGUCAGUAUCCCUUUCUUUGUGUGUUGUGUAAAGUAAGUGGGAUUUGAACCCAUUUCCAUCAGUUGUCAGUGCAGUUUCUCAUGUUGUGUGUUUGAAGCACAAACAUAAUCCAGGUUUUGACAUGAAUGUUAAGCUUGAAGGGGAAUUCAUUUAAUUAUAAAGAAAAAAAGCUCUUGACGGAUCAAAGGUGAUGCCCUGCCAGUUUAAAAUAAUUGGAUAAAUAUGUCAAGUGAGCGACUACAAAGUGCUCAUUUAAAUUUGGAAAAUGUCAAAUUGUUUUGCUGUUGCUAAAGUAUCCCAACAACAAAUAUAAAAGCACUCAUUAUAAAUGUUUAACCGCUUCCCGUGCUCAGGUUGUUGAAAUGUAAUGUCUGAUUCACACAGUACGUGGUUGUCCAUGUUCAGUCGUUUUUUUUGUCCUGACUUUGAGAACCAAAAACAGUCAGUUUGGAUUCCCAAAAUGUUUCUGCUUCUUUGAUUUAGGGUGUGUAUUUUUUUUGUUGUCAGGAUUAGGAACGCUUUAGGAAUGUGCUGCCACUGUUGUCAUUCAUACCCAGGCUCAGAAAAAUUAUACUUGUUGUUUUUCUUUCUGAUGUUUUUUCAAAAAUAGUUGAAAACCAUCUUCAUUAACUGCUUAGGGGUUACUCAUAGGUUACUUUCACAUUCAGUGUAUCCAAAUCUCUGCUGCUGCUCAUUUAAACAGGUUUAUAUAUAUAUAUAUAUAUACAUAUACAUAUGCAUAUAGAUAUACAUCUAUAUAUAGAUAUAGAUGUAUAUCUAUAUCUAUAUAUACGAUAACGCACACUUGCCUCUUCUCGCUCAAAAAUGAAUCCUUGCUUACUUUCGUGUACAUUUUUGAGGAGGACAACUAAAUAUGCAAUAGAAACGACAGAUAUUCUGUCACCAUCACAUAACAAAAUGUGGUCACUUCCUUUUUUUUGUUUAACAUUUUUCCAGUAUAAGCUAUUUCCUUACAGGAGAUUCACAUUUAACAAUAUCUGUGCAGGCUAAAUUUUCAGGAAAACUACACUUAGUCAGUCGACACAGACUGAACACAAAAAGCCUAUUUGAAGUUUGACUACAAGGUGACCAAAGCAAGCACAGACAAAUUCAACACGUGUCAGUGUAAACUAUGUACCUCCUAGAAGACAAAUGUACAGUUCUUUGUUUUGUUUUUUAAACACAUUUUUUUACUCUUAUGUGACGGCUUUGGUCAAAUUGUGUAAUACUGUGAAUAGGAUAGGAGUCAGUCUUUUUCACACACAAACUGUUUGUGAAAGUAAUCAACCAGCUUGAAUCUUAAAAAAAGGAAAAAGAUUUGCACUACCCAAAUAUUGUUUGAAAAUCUAUUUUGUACAAAGCAUAUGCAGACAUUUCUGAAUUAUUAAGGGCAGAUCAUGUUUCACUGGUAUAUGCUUUCGCAAAAAAAAAAAUGUUUUGCUUAAAAAAUUUGAAUAUGUACAUAUAAUCCAUUGUAAAGAAAAUGUGGUGUAUUUGUCUCCAAAUAAUAGUUUUUUUCUAUACCGACUCCUCUGUAUUAUUUCUCCUCUGUAGUGUGACUCCUGUUGAUCUUUUCCUCCAUUGAUUAAAGGUUGAACUGUA